GUUUCCGGACGGUACGUUUGGGCCGGUAACACACGGCGAAGGCUAGUCAUUACAGUGAUGCUGUGAAACACUGAUUCAAUCACUUUGUCCUUCUCGCCCAUUGGGCAGACAGUGGGGGCGGUAAUCAUGUUGAGUGACAUCCCACGGGACGCCCUCCUCCGCCCUCUCACCCGAAAUGAGGUGGUGGGGAUGCUGCUGAGACUGACCAUCUUUGGAGCUGCAACAUAUUACAGCAUCAAAUGGGUGGUGGAAGCUUUUGACCCGACAGAGAAACAAAAAUCUCAGGCCAAGAAAAGGGCAGAGCGGUUGAUGAAGGAGAUUGGCAUAGAGGGUGUCACUCUGACAGAGUAUGAGAUGAACAUCGCCACCCAUCUCAUAGAUCCCCGCAGCAUUAAAGUGACCUGGAGAGAUGUUGCUGGUUUAGAUGAUGUCAUCACAGAUCUGCAGGACACUGUCAUUUUACCUUUUCAGAAAUACCACCUCCUCUGUGGCUCUAAACUCUUCCAGCCUCCCAAAGGUGUACUGUUGUACGGGCCGCCAGGAUGCGGAAAGACUUUAAUUGCCAAGGCAACAGCGAAAGCAUCCGGAUGCCGCUUUGUUAAUCUCCAAGCCUCCACUUUGACUGACAAGUGGUAUGGUGAAUCACAGAAGCUGACUGCUGCUGUGUUCUCAUUGGCUGUCAAGAUUCAGCCCUGCAUCAUUUUCAUUGAUGAAAUAGAUUCAUUUCUAAGGAACCGUUCCAGUUUGGACCAUGAGGCCACUGCUAUGAUGAAGGCCCAGUUCAUGAGUCUCUGGGAUGGAUUAGAGACGGGAGCCAGCAACCAGGUUAUGGUGAUGGGGGCUACUAACAGACCUCAGGAUGUGGAUCCAGCAAUACUACGCAGAAUGCCAGCUUCCUUUCAUGUAGGACUCCCUAAUGCAGCUCAAAGAGAAGAAAUUCUUCGACUCAUUUUAUCUGGUGAAAAGCUGAGCAACGCAAUCAACCUGAAGGAGAUAGCGGAGCCGACAGAAGGUUACUCUGGCAGCGAUCUGAAAGAGCUGUGCAGGGAUGCUGCCAUGUACCGUGUCAGGGAUUACGUCCGCAAACAGCAGAUGAAGCAGAUCGUACAGCAGUUCCAGCUGGAUGAGGAGGAAGAGCGCAUGGACGGAACGCAGCUGAGGCCCGUGACUCAACUGGACCUGCUGUUUGGCCUAGAUAAAAUGAGAGAGUCCAAAUUGGCUACAGUUGUCCCAGCAAAUCUGAGAGAGGUGCCACUGGACUGAAUAUAUCUCACUGUAUACAUUGUGUAACACUUCACUCGCACUUUCUCACGCUACUUUCUAUAUUUCUGCCUCUUCUAGAUCACUGUCAUUUUGCAUUUAUUCUUUCCCUAACUUUUUCUGUUACAUCUUAAACAUUAGUUUAAUGCACUACUAAUGCAUUUACUCUUGGGUAUAACCCAAGUCUUGGGUAUUUUUUUGCAUGUUGUGGAGUAGCAGAAUACUAUAUUGAAUCACUGUUUGGAAAUGAAAGAUAGAUUUGCUAGCUGUUUUACUGUGUCUACACAUGUUUUGGAGUAUUAGAGUAUUAGAACAAGUAUAGUGUGUUAAAUGUCUCAGUAAGAUGCAUGAGUAUCUCACUAAACUGAUCAGUGCAUGAGUGAUGAACAUUAAUUAAAAUCAAAUGAUAAAUAUCUUCAUGCAAAAACAUACAAUUUUGUAAUCUAAUUUAUGCCAAAUUUAGUAUUUAAAAAGUAUUUUGUGACAUAUUUAGUAUGUCACUUAUUGUACAGUAUGUAUGAAGGCUUGCAUAAAGUGGUGUAGCCUGUCCCAGCAUCUCUGGCUGUAAUAAAAAUGUGUAUUUAUUUAUUUAAUUAUUUAUUUAUUUAGAACAAAUUAGGUAAUGACACUUUUUGUACUUUUUUCUUCGUGAUUUUAGAUUUUAACUCGAAACAAAAAAAUAGUUGUCUUAAAAGUACAAAUUCUGUCAUUUAUUUUACUCUUUUCAUUUAAGACCUGUUUAUGACAUUUUACUCUCUGUAGUGCUGAGAAGGGGAGGCGGGAAGGGUGGAGUGAGCCGUUGUUUGCAAUUCAAAACCUUACCGCUAGAUUACUCAAUUUGACAAUUGGACCUUUAAAGUCUGAAUGAUAUGCCGUUGUGAACGUGAUGCGCUUAACUUGGAAUAAAAUCAAUAAACCAUUCAAAUUGUCAAAACCAGCAUCUUUUACUGGUUAUCAUUGGCUCGCAUAUACAGUUUACUUACACAAGCACCGAAUGCUUUUUUGCAAAUUCCGGUUUGUCCCUUCUGACCUCCAUUGAGUUCUCCUCUUUCACCAGCCGUAGACGCCUUCAGGUGGAAACAUAAGGUUUUCAAUCGCUUUAUUUUUCAAGACGUUAAAAGAAUUUAAGUGUUUCCUACGCGCUUCAUGUGUGUUGCAAACCAGUAAUUCCAAACUAGAAGUUAGCAGGUUUUAAAAAGACAUUCAGAGUAGAAUAAAUUGUGCCACCAUUGAAGUAUUAUUUUCUAAAUAUAAAAAAUAUAUGAAUUAUGUUUAGGAGUAAGGUUUAAUAGGAAGCUAUUUCCGAUUUAAUUUCCAUGAAAGGCUACUGAGGUGAUACUGAUGGGACUGUGAGGGGUAUUCAAGACCACACAAACACUAUGUUGAAACACUGUUGUAUAGAUGUAACAUGGUUAUUAUGUGUUACUUUGAUAACGGGUGGAGAAAACUAUGUCUGGCAGCUUAAUUAACCAUACAUUAAAAAAUUUCACACA